ACUUAUGUCUUCCCAACCCAGUGCUCAACCUUGAAAGGCAGAGGCUGGUAGCACCAUUCUUUAGACAUACAGCCACUGCCAAAUCAUGAUGACUUAUUUAGUCUUUGCCAGGCUCUAGUAGAGUCUUGAAACCCUGGACCGCCCUCCAGCUUUCUUAGAUUUCUAGCGUCUCUUGAAGCCACCAUUUUUUUUUUCUGAUGCUGAUAUUGUUUUAACUUGAAGUAGUAAAAGCAAUCAGAAAUUUAACUAUGAUCAGAAAUCCAAAUUACACAGAUUUUGUUUGCUGUGCCGUUUGCAAUAAAAUAAUUCCACCAGCCCCUUUCGGGGAAACCUUCAAACGGAUCUAUGACUACAAGCCAUUUAAGACACGCUUCUAUACUCACAAAGAUAUCUUGGAUAUUGGGGCAAGUAUUCUGAACAAAGAAGAAGAGUUUCGAGAGACUGUGUUCAAGGAACAAAUCAAAAAAGCAGAAGCCAAAGUGUGGGAAAAGGCUGAACUGCUCCAAAAACAAGCCGUGGAUCAAGCAGUUGAAGACGCAGAAGCCAGACACAAAUUUGAAAUUCGGGUUCUGGAAGAACAACAUCAAAAAGACUUAAAGGCUCUAGAAGACAAAACCAAGGUGAAUAUGAUUCAACAGAUGAAGGAAGAGCUGAACAGAGAGCACACAGCUGCAGAACAGCGUAUGGUCCAUCGGAUCCAGAGGAUUAUGAUGGAGUGUCACCAGGAGAAGAUGGAGGCUGUGAAGAAAGCCAGGGAAGAAGAGAGAAGGAUUGCUCAGAAAGCUAUCGAAGAAGAGAAAAGCAAGGUCCUGGAGGAAUUUGUAACCACUGGCGUAACCGUCAUUAAAGACAAGAAGACAAGCCUGGGCCAGCUGAUCAAAGCAAAGGAGCACGAGAUGACCAUCUACUACGGCAUGGCUCAGAGGCAGAAGCAAGAAGAAGUACAAGAAGUGCUUCAAGAGGCGGAAAAAACACACCAGGCCACUCUUGACAAUAUGAUGGGCAAACUUGUCAAUACCCAGGGGGAGCUGCUCUCUGUGGCCAAGCAACUGGGAAUCAUGACAAACUGGAAAGAUUUCCUGGAGGAGGAACUGCAGGAGACCAGGGCCGCGUUUCAGAAGUAUAUCAACUACACCUUCCCCAGGCUCUCCCCAGGACACGCCGACUUCAUUCUGCCCGAAAGAAAGAAAACACCUUCUAUCCUUGCUAAGGAAAAUGAGCCGAGGACUGAUUAGAGCUCAUCGGCUGAAAUGUCACCACAAAAGACGGUGUUCCCAGAAGAAAUAAAUGUACUCAAAACCGG